AUGGCUUCUCUUAUCAACGGCAGCCUCUCUUCCAUACACCCCCAACACACCCGCGAACCCCCCUACUCCAAAUUCACCCUCCACCCUAACCACUUCUCAGUCUCCAAAACCCCCAAACCCAAACCCUUCAAAAUCCGCGCCGACGUCAGCUACGAACCCCGCAACACCUCCUCCGAUGACAAGAUCCGCGAAAUCCUCCGCAACCGCGAUUACGACAAGAAAUUCGGCUUCAACAUCGACAUCGAUUCCUUCACCAUCCCAAAAGGACUCUCCAAAGAAACAAUCAGGUUAAUCUCAACCCUAAAAUCAGAACCUGAUUGGAUGCUCAAUUUCCGUCUCAACGCCUUCGAGAAAUUCUCCAAAAUGAAGGAACCUAAUUGGUCAGAUAACACUUAUCCAUCUAUAGAUUUUCAGGAUAUUUGUUAUUACUCAGCUCCGAAGAAGAAACCGUCGCUUAAUAGCUUAGAAGAAGCCGAUCCUGAGCUUCUUAGGUAUUUUGAUAAACUCGGUGUUCCGUUAAACGAACAGAAUCGGUUAGCGAAUGUCGCGGUGGAUGCUGUUCUUGAUAGUGUUUCGAUUGCUACUACUCAUAGGAAGACACUUGAGAAAGCUGGUGUUAUUUUUUGUUCCAUUUCUGAUGCGAUUAAAGAGUAUCCUGAUUUGGUUAAGAAGUACUUAGGUAGAGUUGUUUCUAGCGAUGAUAACUAUUAUGCCGCGUUGAAUGCAGCUGUUUUUAGUGACGGGUCGUUUUGUUAUAUUCCUAAGGAUACUAAGUGUCCGAUGCAGAUUUCAACUUAUUUUAGAAUCAAUGCGUUGGAGACUGGGCAAUUCGAGAGGACGUUGAUUGUUGCCGAGGAUAGAAGCUCGGUUGAGUAUUUGGAAGGGUGUACUGCGCCAUCGUAUGAUAAGAAUCAGCUUCAUGCUGCUGUUGUUGAGUUGUAUUGCGCCGAGGGUGCUGAGAUUAAGUAUUCCACGGUGCAGAAUUGGUAUGCGGGGGAUGAGAAUGGGAAAGGUGGGAUAUAUAAUUUUGUGACCAAGAGAGGAUUGUGCGCUGGUGCGAGAUCGAGGAUAUCGUGGACCCAGGUGGAGACUGGGUCCGCGAUUACUUGGAAAUAUCCGAGUGUUGUUUUGGAGGGAGAUGAUAGUGUUGGAGAGUUUUAUUCCGUUGCUUUGACUAAUAAUUAUCAACAGGCUGAUACAGGGACCAAGAUGAUACAUAAAGGGAAGAAUACAAGGAGUAGGAUUAUAUCCAAGGGUAUUUCUGCUGGACAUUCGAGGAAUUGUUAUAGAGGGCUUGUUCAGGUUCAGUCUAAGGCGAAGAAUGCGAAAAACUCUUCGCAGUGUGAUUCCAUGCUUAUUGGCGAUACUGCAGCUGCCAAUACAUAUCCUUAUAUCCAGGUGAAGAAUCCAUCGGCACGAGUCGAGCACGAAGCUAGUACAUCCAAAAUUGGCGAAGAUCAGUUAUUUUACUUCCAACAAAGAGGAAUAGACUAUGAAAAAGCAAUGGCUGCUAUGAUAUCUGGAUUUUGCCGCGAUGUCUUCAAUGAGCUUCCUGAUGAGUUUGGUUCUGAGGUGAACCAACUCAUGAGCUUGAAGCUUGAAGGGUCAGUGGGUUAA